AGAGCCGGCGCGCUGGUCCCCGCUCUCGCGAGCGCCCGCCGCCGCCGCCGUGUCCCGCGCACCUGCCCACCUGCCCAGGUGCCGCCGCGCCCCCGCGCGCCCGCCUGGGGGUCCUGCAGGCAACCCUGUCGUCAGGCGCGUUGCUGCAGGCCCUGCGGCUCCGAAGCAGCAGCGAAGACAUUUAUCAUCCGCUGAGUUGAGUGAGAACAACUUUUCCGUCUACCCGGAAGAAUCUUUUCCCACCUCUGAGGAAGAAGGAUGUCGUCGGAAGAGAGUUUCGCAGACAAGAUUUUCUGCUAUCUCAUCUCAUGUUUCAGGGCCAGAGUGAAAAGGUAUAUCCAGGUGGAACCAGUGCUGGACUACCUGACUUUUCUAUCUCCAGAGGUGAAAGAGCAUAUUCAGAGGACGGCCGCAACCAGUGGGGACAUUCAGGCAGCUGAUCUGCUUCUGAACACCUUGGAGAGGGGGAGCUGGCCGCUCGGCUGGGCUAGGAUGUUCGUAGAGGCCCUCCGGCAGGCAGGCAACCCUUUAGCCGCCCGCUAUGUGAACCCAGAGCUCACGGACUUGCCUUCUCCAUCGUCUGAGAACGCUCACGAUGAGUGUCUCCAACUGCUGAACCUGCUUCAGCCCACACUGGUGGACAAGCUUCUGGUUGCAGAUGUCUUGGAUAAAUGUGUGGAGGAGAACCUGUUGACUAUUGAAGACAGAAAUCGGGUUUCUGCUGCAGAAAAUAAUGGAAAUGAAGCAGGGGUAAGAGAGCUACUGAAAAGGAUUGUGCAGAAAGAAAACUGGUUUUCUACAUUUCUGACUAUUCUGAGGCAGACGGGAAAUGAUGAGCUUGCCCGGGAGUUAACAGGCACCGACUGCUAUGAAGGCAAUACAGACUCUGAGAAUUUAUCACAAGAAGAUGGUCUCGAAGUCAAAGAGCCACUCCUUUUAGCCACGGAUCAGCCAGCUUUGGAGGUCUGGGACAUAGAGAAUAGUUCAUUGGAAUCGUCUUUUGCAGAUUCUUCUAUAGUUUCAGAAUCAGACACAAGUUUGGCAGAAGGAAGUGUCAGCUGCUUAGAUGAAAGUCUUGGACAUAACAGCAACAUGGGCAGUGAUUCAGGCACCAUGGGAAGUGAUUCAGAUGAUGAGAAUGUGGCUCAAAGAGCAUCCCCCGAGCCAGAGCUGAAUCUCAGGCCUUACCAGCUGGAAGUGGCCCAGCCUGCCCUGGAGGGGAAGAACAUCAUUAUAUGCCUCCCUACAGGGAGUGGGAAAACCAGAGUGGCCGUUUACAUUGCCAAGGAUCACUUGGACAAGAAGAAAAAAGCAUCUGAACCUGGAAAAGUUAUGGUCCUCGUCAAUAAG